GCCUGGCAUGCACACAAGCACACACCCAAAAUCAUAGAUACACAUCUCCAGAUAUACACUCAAACUACAACCUAAAGUCACUUUGGAAAAUAUCUAAAAAACACUGAGGGACCAGACUUUUUGACAGCCCAGCAUCUCGAGGGCCUGAAGUGAAGCUGCUUUGUAACAUACUGACCAUACAGGGCUCUGGUCAUUGCCAGCAGGUGAAAACCCAUUCACUGAGAUUUUGCCAGCACAACGGAUUUAUGAUUUCUUCAGUGCGAUCUGUACAAAUUUAGACAAAAGGUGGAGGUGAACUAACGCUGUCUACAUCAAACCAUGGAGCCGGACGAUGACAAAAACUCUGUGGAUAUCCAUGACAACCCCCCAGCUCCUGACAAUGUAGUGAGGGAGGACGGAGACACUGUCUAUUUCAUAUAUGAGGAGGAAGUGGAGGUGGAGGAGAAGGAACCAGAACCUCCUUCAGAGCUUGUCAUCCGGGUCAAUGACAAACCCCACAAAUUCAAGGACCACUACUGCAAGAAGCCCAAGUUUUGUGACGUCUGCGCUCGCAUGAUAGUCUUGAACAACAAAUUUUGCCUGAGAUGCAAAAACUGUAAGACCAACAUCCACCACUCAUGUCAGUCGUAUGUUGAGUUUCAGAGGUGUUUUGGCAAAAUUCCGCCUGGAUUCAGAAGGGCCUACAGCUCCCCUCUGUACAGCAGUGACCAACCAGACCCAAACAACCCAAACCGGAACGACCCAGUUUUUGACACCCUGCGGGUUGGUGUCAUCAUGGCAAAUAAGGAGCGUAAGAAGAAUGAAAAUGAUAAGAAAAAUAUGAUGAUGAUGAUGGAAGAGGAGGAAGAGGAGAACCAACAGCCCAAAGAGAAUGAGGAGGGAGGAGAAGGGAAGCCUGAUGAUAAAAAAGAGAAAGGAGGAGACAAAGCAGAUGACAAGACUAAAGGCACUUUCUCCCAGUCCCACUAUUACCUGGCUCUCUACCGCUUCAAGGCCAUUGAGAAAGAUGACCUUGACUUUCACCCUGGUGAUCGGAUCACAGUGUUGGAUGACUCCAAUGAAGAGUGGUGGAGAGGAAAGAUGGGAGAGAAGUCCGGCUACUUCCCCGCCAACUACCUCAUAAAAGUCCGAGCAUCAGAAAGAGUUUACAAGGUGACGCGCUCCUUUGUGGGGAACAGAGAGAUGGGACAAAUUACACUUAAGAAAGACCAGAUUGUGGUGAAGAAAGGAGAUGAGAAAGGCGGCUACUUGAAGGUCAGCACUGGACGCAAGCUGGGCUACUUCCCUGCCGAUCUGCUGCAGGAGAUCACUGUGACUUAAUCAACCUGAUAUGAAAUGGAAAAUCCAUUGCAUAAUAACAAAAAGUAUUAGCGAGAACUGGAGGUCCUGAUUUUCUACAUUUACUACUAAUAGAAAAGCUAAAUAUAGCUGUGCCUUUGACAUAAUGGUUUAAAAGUCAUUUUCACUAAUGCCUGCAAUGAAGAGACAUUUAGCUGAUUUAGUGUGUUUGCUGUGAACGGCGUAGUUAUGCAAGUGUUUGAUUUAAUUUAAAGUUUGAAAAGAGCAAAAUUUUCUUUGAUUGGAUUUGUAAAUAAUUUCACAUGUAUGACUCUGAAAACCUUAACCAAGAUAAGAAAAAAUCUGUGUAAGAAAACAUCAGUGCUAUACAUUAAAUUGUUUAGUGUGUUUGCACCAUUUAAUACAAUUAAGUGGGUGUAAUGCUUGUAGUGCCUAAAGAAUUAAACCAAAAAUGCUCUUAA